AUGAAGAGUCCACCUCAUUAAUCACCGAUAUGAACUUUUGUCAUUCUUUAACAUUAAUCUACUACUGUGUAGCAAAGCAAAACUCGAUUAAACUUGAGUUCCUGUCGAAACUCAGUAUUUAAAAAAAACUACCUUUUCUUGUUUGGGACUUGAACUUGAAAAUAAAAAAAUACUUACCAGGCGAAAUGCAGUUUGAUUGAACGGCACUUAUGAGAUCACCGGAACUUGUGUUGAAGGUCGUCGGAGUAUCUAGAACAACCAAUUUUCUCACUCAAUUGCAUUCUUUAACUAUCAGAACUUACGACACUCACUUGGCUGCAAAAAUAACAGACUUAUAUUUGGAGUUGUUACCAGCUCAAACUGCGCGUAAGCUGUUUGAUGAAAUUCCUCACCCAAAUAUAUACACCUGCAAUCGCAUUCUGCAACGCUUCUGUGGAAAGAACCGAUAUGAGGAAGUAUUAUCUCUGUUUUCGUCCAUGUUUUCAUUCCAAAAGGUUGAUCAUUUUACUCUACUCUUUGCAUUAAAGGCGUGUUCUGCAUUAAAAGCUACAAAUUUUGGCAAAAUAAUUCAUGGGUUGGGGAAGAAAUAUGGUAAAAUUCAUUCAAACAUGUUUCUUGGAUCAGGCCUCAUUGACAUGUACUCGAGAUGUGGAGAUAUGGACGAUGCUUUUCGCGCCUUUGAGGAAUAUUCAAAACCGGAUAUUGUUUUAUGGACUACUCUGGUUACUGGAUAUGAGAAGAACUUUAAGCCUGAUAAAGCACUAGCUGUUUUUACUGGAAUGGUGAUGGCGCAUUGCAUUAGUCCAGACCCAAUAACUCUUGUCACUGUUGUCUCUGCUUGUACUCAGUUGUUGAAUUUAAAAGCUGGAAAAAGUGUUCAUGCACACGUGUUUCGAAUGGGUUAUGAAAGUUCCCUUUCUUUAUCAAACGCUCUGCUGAACUUAUAUGCGAAAUCUGGGUCCAUGUUUUAUGCAGGAAAUUGGUUUAGGGUGAUGGAGGAGAAAGAUGUUAUCUCAUGGAGUUGUAUGAUCUCAUGUUGUGCUCAUAAUGAUGCUACUGAUAGAGCUACAAGUCUUUUUGAUGAGAUGAUAUAUAAAGGAAUUGAACCCAACGUCGCAUGUGUUAUCAGUGCUUUGCAAGCAUGUGAAGCUUGUUGUAAUUUAGACAAAGGCAGGGAAAUACAUAAAUUAGCUUUGCAGAAAGGUUUUGAACUUGAUAUAUUGGUCUCCACUACUCUGAUUGAUAUGUACAUGGGCUGUUGUUCACCUCAGGAAGCGAUUAUCUUAUUUGACAGGAUGCCCAGCAAAGAUCCUGUUUCUUGGUUUGCUCUGUUAUGUGGUUGUGUUCAAAAUGGAAUGGCCAACAAGUCUAUGCAAAUAUUUUGUGAUAUGAUGGCCAGCGAUAUCCAACCUGAUGCUACUGUGAUGAUUAAACUUCUUGGAGCUUGUUCUGAUUUGGGGGUUCUUCAAUUGACUUCUUGUCUUCAUAGUUAUGUAAUUAGAGGUGGGUUCAUCAGCAAUUCGUUCAUCGCAUCUUCAGUUAUUGAUUGUUAUGCAAAAUGUGGUAGCUUGGAGGAGGCUAUCAAUGUUUUUGAGAGUUUAACAGAUAAAGAUGUUGUUAUCUGGAGCUCCAUGUUUGCUGGCUACGGAAUUCAUGGGCAAGCUAGGGAAUCAAUUAAGUUAUUUCAUCGUAUGGUUACAGAUACCACGGUGUGUCCUAACAAAGUUACCUUCCUUUCAAUAUUAGCAGCUUGUAGUCAUGCAGGCUUUGUUGAGGAAGGAAUUGAAUUCUUCAAUAUGAUGUUAAAUGAAUACGAACUGAUGCCAGAAUCAAAGCAUUAUGCAAUCAUUGUUGACCUGCUUGGACGAAUCGGAGAACUGGACAAGGCUAUGUGCCUCAUUAACCAAAUGCAGUCACGGGUUGGAGCACACGUAUGGGGGGCCUUGCUUGGUGCUUGCAGGAUUCAUCAGAAUGCAGAAAUUGGAGAAGUCGCUGCCAGGAAUCUUCUCCAGUUGGAUCCAGAUCAUGCUGGAUAUUACAUCCUGUUAUCAAAUGUGUAUGCUGUUGAUGGGAAGUGGGAUGAUGCAGCUGAACUUAGAGGUCCAAUUAAAGAGAGAGAAUUGAAAAAGAUAACUGGCCAAAGUGUUGUUAGACUUUAGGAAUGAGGCUCACGUUGUUUUACACAACAGUGGAUGUCACAGGGACGUAAGAGCAUAUGUAUGGUCCUAAUUCAAACAUUCUGCUGCAUCGUGCAGAAAAAAGUUGUAUAGUUCUGAAGUUUGACACAUAAGAGUAGACAUCUGUGAUUUGAA